CUUAGGACCGUGAGGCUAUAAAAGCACAACAGAAAGUCUGAAGCUAAAUAAUACUAAGAUGGUGCCGUGCCAUGCUAACAUCUGUGACAGUCGUGGACCACAUGGUGGCACAGGAUGAGCUCAGAGAAAGAGUGUCUAUAGUGUGAUGACAAGAAGCUGAUGGACAAGCUCCGCCCUCUGAGGACUCCAUAUAGGCAGAGGAGUCAGAGAGUCCGAGUCAAAAAUCAUGUGGUCGAGGGGACUCUUACAAAUGGCCCGGAGGGCAAGUACAGCCGGGAAACAGGUGGGGCUCCUCUUAGACGUGGAUGGGGUUCUGGUCCGGGGUGGGUCAGUGAUCCCUGCAGCCCGUCGAGCCUUUCGUAAACUUGUGGACAGAAACAACAAACUGCAGUUUCCCGUGGUUUUCGUCACCAAUGCAGGAAGCUGUCGAGCACAGGAGAAGGCGGCACAGUUGUCUCACCUGCUGGACGUCCAGGUCGCUCCAGAGCAGGUGGUUCUGUCCCACAGCCCUUUGCAGAUGAUGAGUCGUUUUCAUGACAACCGAGUACUGGUGUCUGGGCAGGGACCUGUGGUGGCCAUCGCACACUCUUUGGGCUUCAAGAAUGUCGUUACCAUUGAAGACCUGAAGGAACAGUACCCCCUGCUGGACAUGGUGGAGCACAAGCGCUUCAAGCCAUCAUCACUCGCUCAGCAGAAGUUUCCAAGGAUUGACGCGAUCAUAUUGUUUGGCGAACCAAUCCGGUGGGAGACGAACCUCCAGCUUCUGAUUGACGUCCUGCUGACCAACGGGUGCCCCGACUUGCCCUAUGAGCCUCAGCCACCGCAGCAGCUGCCAGUUCUCGCCUGCAACAUGGACCUGGUGUGGAUGGCCGAGGCACCGUCUCCUCGUUUCGGCCAUGGCAUCUUCCUGCUGUGUCUGGAAUCUGUCUACCGGAAAAUCACAGGUCUUGAGCUCAAGUACGAGGUCCUGCUGGGAAAACCCAGCCUGCUUACGUACCAGUACGCCGAGCACCUGCUGAGACAGCAGAAUCAGAACCAGAGUGUGAGCACCAUUUACGCAGUGGGUGACAACAUGAUGACUGAUGUCUUCGGUGCUAAUCUCUACAACCGCUCCCUGACUUGCCGUGCCACCAAGACCACUCAGUCCAGGCUGGCCUCCAGCGGAACGGGAACCAAGCCUGUGGGUUUUGACACGGAGUCGGCUGUGGCUACAGCCGAGUGUCGUUCCAUUCUGGUGUGCACAGGUGUCUACAACCCUGACUCCCUAUUGCUCAGCCACGAUGUCGCUGGAACAGUCUUCCACGGACACAAAGACCUGGUCUUGGACACUGAGCUGCUGGAGCCCAGACAUGUGGUCACAGAUGUGGAAGCUGCAGUAGACCUGCUGCUUGCCGACCUCUGA